UUAGACAAUUUAUUUGGAAGUAAAAUUAUUAUUAUGACAUGUUCAAUUAUCCUAUGUGCAUUGGACCUCUACCAAAAACAAAGACACAAAAAACACAUAUGAACAUGUUGGCAAGCACAAGCAACAGCAGCACCGCUUUAGGUGGAUGGACGGUGUUACAAGUAUCCAAAAUCAGAAACAACCGUUCUGUUUCAUCUUCCUUCUCUCUUCGUAUCUGUGCCACCUGCGACGACCGUCCUCAUGGUCCAUCUUGUAUAUAUGUUGGUCCUCUUCAAACUGCCACCCAAGAAACCCUUGAAGCUCUUUAUUCUCAAGCAAGGGAUGCAUAUUACAGAGGAGAGCCUUUGAUAGUUGAUGACAUGUUUGAUAGAGUAGAGUUGAAGCUUAAGUGGUAUGGUUCCAAGUCAGUUGUGAAGUAUCCUCGUUGCAGUAUCAGAAGGCAAUCAACCUAUGCUGAUGCUGAGGAAGAUCUGUCUAUGGUUUUUGCAUUAGCGAGUGCUUGGACCCUAUUUUUUGCAUUUGGUAGUUCAGCAAUGGUUGGGCCAAUGUUUUAUAGCAUCAGCUUGGCUUAUCAAAAUGCAUUUAAUUUAGGAUUAUCAUAUGGUAGCCAAGCAUCAGAACUAAGUCCUCUUUUCAUGGUGAACACCAUUCUAUUCACGGCACUUGGUUUUGUCAUAGGAUAUCCGGUUGCUUCAGCUUCAGUUAAAACACUUCAAGGCUUGUGGAGGAAUGACUUGGCAGCACUAAAGGGUUCAUGUCCAAAUUGUGGAGAAGAGGUAUUUGCAUUUGUAAGAACAGACAAGGCUAAUAACUCACCCCAUAGAGCAAAGUGCCAUGUGUGUGAAUGCUUAUUGGAAUUUCGCACCGAAGUUGAGCAAUCAACUUCAAUAUUUGGUAGACAAUGGGUUUAUGGACGUAUUUACCUUGUGCGUAAAUCCAGACGCCAAAGGGAGCUGUAAAUUUUCCGUGACUAUGUUUGUCAAUUGUAAGGAAAGGAAUCAAUUGGUAGACAAUCAACUUCUGUUUAUUUUUUAAUUUUAGUCUAAAAAGGUUUCUGUCUGAAGCCAACUUGUACACUUUCUAGUUAGCAAGGAAGGAGUUGAUAUGUCAAUCACUGGACGCUUGAUUUAUUUGAUUAUGUGUUAUUAUUGUCAACAAUUGUAGUUAUCAGACGAUUAUAGAUAUUUAAAUGUAAUCUUGGAAAUGAAAAGUCAAACGUAAACCAACUUGUAGGCAAAAAUAUAUUGGAUCACCAGAAUGGUGGCAUUUAGUA